CAACGAUUGAGAAUCAAACGCACAUCCGAAUCGGGAGGGCGAUCACGCGUGGGUGCUGAUGUAAUCCAAGCGCCACACUUCCUACCGCGCCACUCAAGCCACAGCCUUGUCGCUCGCUCUCGUCACCAUCUCCAACUUUCCACCCAUUCUUACUACUUUACCCCCCUCCCCGCCUCUCUCACACAACAUUACUCUCACUGCCUCACAACACCAACCAACAACAACAAAACACUCAUUCACCGCGCAAAACACCCCAACACAACAGCAUUCGCUUUUCUCAUCUCCCUAUUUCCCGCGACCAAAACCGAACAAAAAAAAACCUCCUCUGAUUACUUAUUAUCUUCUUCCUCUCUUCUCACGCUCACGCACACACACCAUGGAUGACUGGGACAGCGUCACGAAAAUUGGAAGCAAGACCCGCGGCGGCGGAGUCGCUCGUGAGACGGUCGUGCGCGGCAAGAGCGCGCUCAACGCCGCCCAAAGAAGCGGCGCUGUCAUCGGCACGGAGAAGAAAUACGGUGCUGGGAACUCUGCCUCCAAACCAGGUAUCGAAGGUCAGCAUCUGACCAAGGUCGACCGAUCCGACGAUAUCGUCAAGCCUAGCACCGUCGGCAAGGAAGUGGGCUCCGUCAUCUCGGAGCGGCGGCAGAAGAUGGAGCCCAAGAUGACCCAGAAGGACCUGGCCACCAAGUGCAACACGACGGCGAGCAUCGUCGCUGAUUUCGAGAGGGGCACCGCUGCCCCUGACCAGAAGAUCCUGGCGAGCAUGGAGAGGGUUCUGGGCAUCAAGUUGCGGGGGAGCGAUAUUGGCGCUCCGAAGUUUGGUCCGAAGAAGAAGUAAUCGGUCGAGGAGGGAUACACGGUCAACGCGACCUGGCAUAAGACGGGAGGCUGCAAAGCACUCUUCGUGCUUCUUCAUGGUUUACAAUCAGAUAAGUCACACAAAACCAGGGAUAGAAAGAAGGACGGUCAAAUUGUCAAAUUGUCUCAAUCCAUUCAUUGAACUCAUCUAUCA